UUUGAAGGCUUAUGGCCGGAAGUCGUGUGGUUCCACGUGACUGCUACGACUCGACCUUUCUGAUAAAGCCAAACAUGUCGAGUUCGCGGAGUCUUCUCCAUCACUAGAAACGUUCAGAUUUUACGUGAGGCACUGCUUUUUCAGCUUAGCAGCAAUCUAGCGGGCCGUUGUCAGCCAGAAUCCAGAAAAGCAGCAUCGUCAUAAAUGCUGUGUCUACAUCAGAGAGCCGUCACAUCAUCCUGUGAAUGCUCAAUGAACAAUCUCCUCGGCUUUCGUCACUGCUGCACAUGUAUGGCGUUUUCGAGGGUAGGAGGGGAGUUUUGCCAAGCCCAGCACCUGCUGCUUAUUGUGGACAAGUGAACAGGAGACACCAGCUUGGGCAAACACUGCCAUUUACACAGACAGGUCCUUACUGUCUUCCAUUCCAACCCAUAUGAAGACAAGCCAAUCUCCAGCUUGUCACCUGUCGUGGGGAAUAGGGGAGGCUUUGGGUUAAACCUUGAAGUUUUCCUCAGAGCUCUAUUUCUGUGUUCUUUUACUCAGAUAUACAGUAUAGAGCCAUUUCUCUAAAUAGGCUUUUUUUUUUUAAAGAAGAAACAGAAUAAAGGGUCAAAAAUAAAUUUCUUACUUUAUUUAUUUUUUGCAAAGUAUAUUGUAGUUUUCCUUAUUUGCCAAAACAUUUCUAACCCCUCCAUACACAAAAUUCCGGUCAGAAAUAAUUAUCUUUUCACUUUUUGUGACUGAAGCUGUAAGUUAUUUAGCAGAUGCAUUAGGUACCAAGUUUUUGCUUUUUUUUUUUUUACAAUCAGACACUUUUCACUCAGAUUUUUUGGAGACCCUGACUUUUCCUCACAAGUGAAUCACAGUAUUUUUGUGUAUAAUUUAUCCCCUUUAUUAACAAAACUUUGUAGGUCUUAAAAUGAACCGACCAGCUCCAGUGGAGAUCUGUUAUGACUGCCUGAGGUUCCUCAUUACGCAUAACCCUACUAAUGCACAACUGGGGAGGUUUAUAGAGGAUCUGAAGGCAUUUGGAGUCAACACACUUGUGAGAGUGUGUGCUGCUACUUAUGACAAGACACCAGUGGAACAAGAGGGCAUAAACGUCCUGGAUUGGCCAUUUGAAGAUGGCUCUGCCCCCCCAGAACAGGUGGUCGAUGAUUGGUUGAAUCUACUGCAAGCCAAGUUCAGAGACGAGCCUGGUAGCUGUGUGGCUGUGCACUGUGUAGCUGGACUAGGAAGAGCUCCUGUGCUGGUGGCCUUGGCUCUAAUUGAGUGUGGGAUGGAAUAUGAAGAUGCUGUGCAUUUCAUCAGAUUGAAGCGUCGUGGGGCAUUUAACUCCAAGCAGCUACUUUACCUGGAAAACUACAAACCUAAACUGUGUCUGCGGUCCAAAGAUGCCAACGGACAGAGCUGCUCUAUUCAAUAGACAUCUACAACCCCAUGCAUCUUAACUGCAUCUCAUGCAGAGAUGUUUUUCUUUGAUUUUUAAUGGAGAGGAGAUAAGUGUAGGUAAUAUUUUCUGUUACAUUCACGCGCUUGACAACUUGUCGUAUCUUUCAAAGCCCCCCCCCCCCCCCCCCCUUUAACACAAAUACUUAAUUAAAUGCCCACAAACAAACAGUAUCCACUUUAAGAAUAAGCUUGACUAAAAUUAGGUUUGUUUCACUGAAAAAUUUAAAACAAUUAUUCCAAAUGUUGAUGUUAAAAGACUUGUUCAGAGUGAAAAGAAAGUAUGAUAUUUUCUUUAAUCUGUAUUUUUCAGAUGGCAAGUAAUGUUGACAUUUAAUGGAUUCUUGUGACGUAAGACAUCAUGCAAUCCACACAGUAGUUUGGAUCGAUUUGCUUAUUCUGGUCAAUAAGGAUUGAUCAAAUUGGAUGUCCUACAGCCAGAAUGUGGCCUAGAUAAUAAAAAAGCUUGGAAUUUAAAUGUAGAUUAUUUUAAAUGUUUUUUUAAAACAAUAUUAAAUGUUUAAAAUACAUUUUUAAAGAAGUUUUCCCAUACAAAUUUGACUUGCUGUUUUUAACGGCAUUCCAUUCCCCCCAUGAAUAUGCACUUAGUCAGUCGUUGUAUCACUUUGUAACACUGGUUGUAACAUUUUAACACGGUUUCAAAUUGUCACCAAGACGAGGGGGCCAACAUGUAAAAUUCAGUGAAAACAUUGAUAAAAUUACAUACUCUGAGGUAUUUGUAGGUUUUCCUUUAAGCUGUAAAAUAAAAUAAUCAGUUGGUAA